AUGCUGCGGGGGGGGCGCGCACUCCGCCGGCUGAAUGGGGGCUGGGGGGGCCCGGGGGGUACCCCGGCAGCGGGAGGGGCUCCGCCCCGACCCCUCCGCACCGCCACGCCGCUCAGAUCCGACAUCUUCCGCGAUCUGGGGACGAUCCUGGGGCGCCUGGGACAGACUUUGAAGGACCAGCUGCCGGGUGGGGGGGGCUGGACCCCCACGGGGACCUCUCUGGGUCCACGACCCCCUGAAGAAGCCGACGUGGUGGUGGUGGGGGGCGGCGUGGUGGGCUGGUCAGUGGCGUACUGGCUGAAGGCGCUGGAGGCCCAGCGCCACGGCAUGAGGGUGCUGGUGGUGGAGCGGGACCCCACGUAUUCCCGAGCCUCCACGGUGCUGUCAGUGGGGGGGAUCCGGCAGCAGUUUUCCCUCCCAGAAAAUAUCCGGAUGUCCCGCUUUUCCGCCAGCUUCCUCCGCAAUAUCAACGAGCACCUUGGGGUGCCAAAUGAGCCCCCCGUCGACAUCCAGUUCCAGCCCUCGGGGUACCUCUUCCUCGCCACCCCGCAGGGCGCUGCUAGGCUGGAGGCCACCGUCCAGCUCCAGAGGGAUGAAGGGGCGCAGGUAGCCCUGCUGUCCCCCACGCAGCUGAAGGCAAAAUUCCCCUGGAUAGACACGGAGGACGUGGCCGUGGCAUCCUACGGUCUGGAGGAUGAAGGCUGGUUCGACCCUUGGACUCUCCUCAACGCUUUCCGGCGCAAAGCCACAUCCCUGGGUGUCCAUAGCUGCACCGGGGAGGUGCGAGGUUUCGUCACCUCAGCUGAUGACAAGAUGCCACUGCAGGGACCAGCACUGGAGACCGCACGCAUCAAAUACGUCCACAUUUACAUGCCAAACAGCCUGGAGUACCAGCCGGUCACCUGCGCCAUCGUGGUCAACGCCGCCGGCGCCUGGGCCGGGGAGCUACUGGAGGUGGCCGGGCUCCCGGGGGAGCUGUGUCACCCCCCCCUGCCCAUCCAGCCCAGGAAGAGGUACGUGUACUCCUGGCACUGCCCUGACGGCCCCGGCUUCUCCUGCCCUCUCCUCGUCGACACCACCGGAGUUUAUUUUCGCCGUGACGGCAUCGCCGGCAACUACUUGGGUGGCAUGAGCCCACCCAAGGAGGAAGAGCCAGAUCCGAGCGAUCUCUCAGUGGAUCAUGAUUUUUUCCAGGAGCAGGUCUGGCCCCGGCUGGCUCGGCGGGUACCAGCCUUUGCCUCCCUCCGUCCCCGGGGGGCUUGGGCGGGCUACUACGACCAUAACAGCUUUGAUUGUAACGGGGUGCUGGGUCCUCACCCCAAAUUAGAAAACCUGUUUUUAGCCGCCGGUUUUAGCGGCCACGGGUUACAACACGCGCCCGCCGCCGGCAGAGCCGUGGCCGAGCUGGUGGUGAAGGGCCGGUACGAGAGCCUGGACCUGCGGCGGUUGGGGUGCAGCAGGUUGGUGGAGGGGGAACCCCUGGAAGAGGAUGGGGUGGUGUGAUGGGGGAAACUGAGGCACGGUGGUGGGGACUCCCCCUCCCCGGGCUGGAGGUUGCUGGGGGGGAUUUGGCGGCGCGUCCUGCAUAAAUAAACGGGAUGGAGGAUGA